UUAGUGACAGCUUCUGCCGCGGGCGGUUUCUGCGCCUGGAAGACCUCAAAAGGGCCAGCUCGACGGACAUCGCAUGGUUGCCGCCGUGGGGCUCAACUGCAUGUAAAUUCCUUGUUGGCCAUUGGGCUUUGUUGUUCAGAUUCCUGCUGGUCGGGUGUUAUGGUUGACUCAUGCUGCGCAAAGACGCUCAAGUCGUUUCAAACUCUGAUCCGGUAAUGCAAAGUGGCCUAAAAUGGAUUCGGAGGACGACAACAUUUACAAUACCGAUUCUGGGAACGAAUCUAGUGGCGAAGAAGAUGACGGGCUAUCCAUUGGUUUGGAACCAGAACCGACAACGACCAAAGAAAAAAUGGAAAUUGAAGACUUUCCCUUCGAUGUCCUAACCACAGAAGAAAUCGUGCAACACAUGAUAGACUGUAUCAGAGAUGUGAACAAUGUCGUUGAGAUCCCUCCCACUACAACAAGGAUAUUGUUGAACCACUUCAAAUGGGAUAAAGAGAAGCUAUAUGAAAGGUACUAUGACAGUGAUCAGGAAAGGCUCUUCAAAGAGGCUCACGUUGUCAAUCCAUAUAAAAAACCGUCAACUAAGUCUCAGAGGAAGUCAAUCUCUGGCCGGCCCAUGGCAUUGGGAAUGGAAGACUGUGAGAUCUGUCUCCGAGACUUGCCUAACACGAUGAUGACAGGUCUGGCAUGUGAACACCGGUUUUGCACAGAGUGCUGGAACCACUACCUUACAACCAAGAUCAUGGAGGAGGGAAUGGGGCAGACAAUAUCGUGUGCGGCACAUGGAUGUGACAUUCUGGUGGACGAUCAGACUGUGAUGAAACUUCUUACGGAUCCUAAGGUUAAGUUAAAGUAUCAGCACCUAAUAACCAACAGCUUUGUAGAGUGCAACAGAUUGUUAAGGUGGUGUCCUCAACCAGAAUGCAACAAUGCCAUUAAGGUUCAGUACGUGGACACCCAACCCGUUACCUGCACUUGUGGACACACCUUCUGCUUCUCCUGUGGAGAGAACUGGCAUGACCCUGUACGAUGUCACUUACUCAGGCGGUGGCAGAAGAAGUGUGAUGAUGACAGCGAGACUUCCAACUGGAUAGCUGCUAACACUAAGGAAUGUCCAAAGUGCAAUGUGACAAUAGAGAAGGAUGGAGGUUGCAAUCACAUGGUGUGCAAAAACCAGAACUGCAAGGCUGACUUCUGUUGGGUGUGUCUGGGACCUUGGGAGCCCCAUGGUUCCUCCUGGUACAACUGCAACCGUUACGAUGAGGAAGAGGCCAAGGCAGCGAGGGAUGCCCAGGAACGGUCAAGGGCGGCCCUGCAACGCUACCUCUUCUACUGCAACCGUUAUCUUAAUCACAUGCAAAGUCUCAAAUUUGAGCACAAGUUGUACGCAGCAGUGAAGGAAAAAAUGGAGGAGAUGCAGCAGCACAACAUGUCAUGGAUAGAGGUCCAGUUUCUCAAGAAGGCAGUGGAUGUCCUGUGUCAGUGUCGGCAGACACUCAUGUACACUUACGUCUUUGCAUACUACCUCAAGAAGAACAACCAGUCCGUCAUCUUUGAGGACAACCAGAGAGAUCUGGAGAGUGCAACAGAAAAGCUCUCGGAGUACCUGGAAAGAGACAUCACUCAGGAGAACCUUCUGGAUAUCAAGCAGAAGGUACAAGACAAAUACAGGUACUGCGAGAGUCGGCGUCGUGUGCUCUUGGAACAUGUUCACGAGGGCUAUGAGAAAGACUGGUGGGAAUACACUGAAUGAUUUUGGGCCUGUCUUCUUUGUUUAGUUGUGUACAUGUACUAAUUUGCCCUUUGGGCUGAAAUUUCGGGACUGUUUGAGAAGUCUGCCCCUCAACACUUCCCAACCUGUGUUGUGCCUGGGAAAAUCCCUUCUAGGUGGGGGUUCCUCCUGGCUGGCAAUGCCCGGCGGCUGUAAAGUCAUUCUAAUAAAGUGCUAUCUAGAUGCCAUUUUAACAAAAGGA